GACUUGGACUGUGUCAACCAAAAUAGACACCGGUGGUGCAGUUAUCAUGGCUGUGUUUGGGGUGCAGUUGGUGGUGACGAUGGUGAUGGCCAGUGUGUUGUCUCGCAUCACACCGCAUUACUCGUUAGCACGAUGGCUCCUCUGUGGCACCGGGCUGGUAUACUACCUGCACCCUACAGAUGAAGAGCUACGAAGCUUGGCUGGAAUACCGAAAGACAAAGGGAAGAAAGGAAAAGGAGGGGGGAAGGGGAACAGUAAAGGAGGAACGGCUGCAGAAGACGAUGGGACAUUUACUGUACCUCGGAGUCUGGACUUAUCUCUGGAAACUUCACGCAUGGUUCCUGGAGAAGUGAUGCAGCUCAAGUUUUACGCUGAGUACCAGUGGCUUCUUGACUUUGCACUUUGUGCUGCAAUAGUAUAUAUCAUCACUGAGAUCUUUAUGGCAGUGGCUCCCCCAAAGGCUGAGGUAAACCUGAGCAUGCUGUGGUGUCUGCUGGCUGUUGGCUUCUCUUUUAAAGUUAUGUUCUCUCUGUCUAUGCUCUAUUUCUGCGGUGAAGACUCUGGUGGAGAGAAAGCUAUGGUUGUUCUUUCGUUCUUCACAUAUCUCCUCAUAGCUCUGGGUAUGCUGAUCCUCGAUGAAAGCAAGUUGGAGCUGGGCCUCGAGUUAGCUUACUCAUCCUUCAAUUCUAGUGCUGCAGCUUUCCUUAAAGCGCAAGGUCUACCAUCUGAUGGUCCGGCAUCUAAAGUGACAUUCAAGAUAAUCCUUGCAAUGCUAUGUGCACUGAUCGGUGCCUUCUACACAUUUCCAGGACUGAGAUUAGGCAAGAUGCACUGGGAUUCCCUAAGGUACUGCACAGAGAGUAGGGUCUUGAAGCUGCUUUUCCACAUUAGUUUUGUUGCACCUCUGCUGUUAGUGACAAUGUGGAUUAAACCAGUUUCCCGGAGGUACUUCACGGAGUACACCUGGCCUGGUCGCAGCCAUCCUAUCAUGAGCUCUGACAUGUUCGACAUUCUUCGCAUCGUGUUAAUUAUAGUUGUGGGUGUGGUGCGUCUUUGUAUGAUGCCGUACUACCUGCAAUCAUAUCUAAAUCUUGCAUAUGACAAGAUAGAGGAGCAAAAGAAGGAAUCUGGUCGCAUCACAAAUAAAGAUCUUCAGAAGAAGAUUGCUCGGGUGUUCUACUAUCUCUGUGUUGUGACACUUCAGUAUAUUGCACCGAUAAUUCUUUGUCUCUUCCUCUCCCUUAUGUUUAAGACUUUAGGAGGACUUAGUUGGGGAGCAUUACUUGGAGGCGUGAGUGAGCCAGAGGAGUGUGGUCUGACUCCUGACUUGGAGACUGAAGAAACAGUGGCAGCCACCAUCCCCACCUUGCAAGAUGCUCAAACUGUUAUGGAAGCUACAAAGAUACUCACUCUUGGAAUGGAAGAGCUUAAGAAGGUGUUCACUACUGAGUUCUACCGUGGAGUUUUGGGUUUUACAACUUGGUGGUGCAUCUUCUCCUGGUUCCUCUCAGGCACAUUUGGCGUUGCAUAUCAAUCAUAUUUCACGAAAGGAUAAAAGUGCUUUUUUGGAUUUAUAUCUAUCAUUGUGUUUUUAAAAAGUAAAUCUUAAAGAGUCUCUUCAUGUGUUAUAUUUUUGUUGUUGUGUAUCAGCCAUGUUUUGAGUGAAACACGACUCAUGAAAUCUUAAUACACGUGAUAACGCGUACCAUGGUUUGAGUGAAACAUUUUUGAAUGACUUACAGUUUUUAUUUUUUUAUUGUGCAUCAGUCAUAAUCGACUCAUGGAAAAAGAUCUUCAAAUGUGAAUUGUUCAUGUCCCUAGAUUGUCAAGAGGAUUUAUUAGUGUAAAUCUGGCUUAAGUUUGAUUUUUAUGUAACAAAGUUUAUGCUUGCUUGUCUUUAUACUGUGCAGAUAUUGGGAUGUUUUAAAUCAACUUUUGAUCAUUUGUACUAUAUUUUGUUUGCAUUAUCAUAUAAAUUACAGUAAUAUACUUUAUGAACAGUAUAGAAAAAAUGAAAAAUGGUUUCAAGUGCAGAUGCUCCUUGCUUUAUGAUAGUUCAACUGACAAUAUUUCGACUUCACGAUAGUGCUAUGUACAGUAGUGUGCAUUUAUUGAUAUGAUAAACUUGCAUUUAUUUAUUUACUCUUCAAUACUGGUAUUUAGUUACAGUAAUUAUUUGUUUAUUUAAUUAUUUAGUAACUAGUUAUUUAUUUACUUAUUUAUGUAUUUGUAUUUUUUUUUAACAAGUCGGCCGUCUCCCACCGAGGCAGGGUGACUUAAAAAGAAAGAAAAUCCCCAAAAAGAAAAUACUUUCAUCAUCAUUCAACACUUUCACCUCACUCACACAUAAUCACUGUUUUUGCAGAGGUACCCAGAAUACAACAGUUUAGAAAUAUAUACGGGAAGGCCCCACUUAUACAGCUGGUUAGGUUCCAGGCUACCGCCGUAAAGCGGAAACCGCCGUAAAGUUGAACACCCUUUUUUUCCACUUACAAAUGCAUACAAACACUAGAUAACAAGUUUACACUAACAUAUAUUAAGUUAGCAAUAGAACCAGGCAUCAAAAAACAAUAAAAAAGUACAAUACACACAUAGUGCACUCAUUACUUACCUUAAAAUAUUUAUAGUCUUAAUCUAGGGUGAGACAAGUAGUAUUUAUUGUAAGAAAUCAAGUGUGGUAUGUAUGGUAGUCAGCCAGGCUACCAUACCAGGCCACCCCACCCACACAUACAAUUCUAUGAUAUUUAAGCAUCCCAGAGCGAUAAAAUGUAUAUACAGUUCACUCAUUACUUACCUUAAAAUAUAGGGUGAGAUGAGUAGUAUUUAUUGUAAAAAAUUAAGUGUGGUAUGUAUGGUAGUCAGCCAGGCUACCAUACCAGGCCAACCCACCUACACAUAAUAUUCUAUUACAUUUAAGCAUCCCAGAACGAUAAAAUGUAUAUACAGUUCACUCAUUACUUACCUUAAAAUAUUUGUAGUCUUAAUGUAGGGUCAGGAGUAAGUAAAUGAGAUAAAACGAAUAAAUGAGAGAGAGAAAGAAUGAGUGCAUGAGAGAGGACAGGCGCAGAGUUAUGUAAACAAACCAGGCAAAGGUAAGUUUUGUAAACGAAGUGUACACGUCUGGUUUGUGUACAAGUUACAUUGUGUACAGGUUGUCUCUACAUUGAUACGGUAGAAUAAAUAAAGAAGAACACUCCCAUUCUCAUGUAACAUUUUGAGAAGAAAUGAUGCUCUGAGUGAAGGCAAUGGAAAUAAGUCACUCUGACUUUUUUGGGUUAUCCUAGGUUCUCUACACAUAUGUUGUUAUGUAUGAUAAUCUAUGUAACUGUAUUUGUGUAUACCUGAAUAAACUUACAUACAUACGAAAGGAAUAAUUUUCUACAGUUACCCCCAGUAACACAUUUUCUCUUAUGUUAGAUUAGAGAAAAUGUUAUUCUUGGCAUCACUUGUACAAGUUAUCUGGCUACCACAUCUCAUAUUUAUGUUUAUUUAUUCUAUUGUAGGGUGUAUUUAUCAUCUUUUUAUGUUAUGUAUCGUGUUUAUUAUAUAAUUUUGAAAAAAAUAUCGUGGAUGGAUUAAUGAAAAUGUGUAUAUUAACGUAAUAUACAACAUUUAAUGAGACUCGGUGAUUAUUAUUAUUAUUAUUAUUAUUAGCAUUUCUAAUAUGGCGUCACUUGUGCAAGUCAUCUGCUACCACAUCUCAUAUUUAUGUUUAUUUAUUCUAUUGUGGGGUGUAUUUAUCAUCUUUUUAUGUUAUGUAUCGUGUUUAUUAUAUAAUUUUGAAAAAAUAUCAUAGAUGGAUUAAUGAAAAUGUGUAUUUAACGUAAUAUACGACAUUUAAAUGAGACUCAAUUAUUAUUAUUAUCAUUACUAAUAUGACGUCUGGAGACAUAAGACACUCUUACUGAUUUUAAUGUGUACCUGCAUGCCAGCACAGUAUGUAAGUUUAUUUAAGUACAGGUAUACAUAAGUAUAAUUAUCAGAGUAUAUAUAAAAUAUGAAAUAACUUUUAAAAACUUUUGAAAUUUUGGAGUUUCCAGACAAAAUGGAGAGACUUAGUGCUUACUGAGCUCACGAAGAAUGUAAACAAACAAGGUGGGGCACGGUGACCGUAUUAGAAAGUCAGGUGGGGGGAGCCGUAUAGUGAGUUUUGGUCAUAAUUUGAAAUUAUCGUAUUAGCGGAACGCCGUAAAGUGAAACGCCGUAAAGCGGGGCCCUGCUGUACGUAUAAAAAUACACAAUAUAUCCCUCCAAACUGCCAAUAUCCCAAACCCCUCCUUUAGAGUGCAGGCAUUGUACUUUCCAUUUCCAGGACACAAGUCCGGUUAUAUAAAAUAACCAGUUUCCCUGAAUCCCUUCACUAAAUAUUACCCUGCUCACACUCCAACAGCUCGUCAGGUCCCAAAUACCAUUUGUCUCCAUUCACUCCUAUCUAACACACUCACACACGCUUGCUGGAAGUCCAAACUCCUCGCCCACAAAACCUCCCUUACCCCUUCCUCCAACCUUUUCGAGGACGACCUCUACCCCACCUUCCUUCCCCUACAGAUUUAUACACUCUCCAUGUCAUUCUACUUUGAUCCAUUCUCUCUAAAUGACCAAACCACCUCAACAAACCCUCUUCAGCCCUCUGACUAAUACUUUUAUUAACUCCACACCUAAUUUCCACACUCUGAAUUUUCUGCAUAAUAUUUACACCACACAUUACCCUUAGACAGGACAUCUCCACUGCCUCCAACCACCUCCUUGCUGCAGCAUUUAGAACCCAAGCUUCACACCCAUAUAAGAGUGUUGGUACUACAUACAUUCCCUAUGCCUCCAUAGAAAACAUUUUUUGCCUCCACAUAUAUACCUCAAUGCACCACUCACCUUUUUUCCUUCAUCAAUUCUAUGAUUAACCUCAUCCUUCAUAAAUCCAUCUGCUGACACAUCAACUCCCAAAUAUCUGAAAACAUUCACUUCUUCCAUACUCCUCCCCAAUUUGAUAUCCAGUUUUUCUUUAUCUAAAUCAUUUGAUACUCUCAUCACCUUACUCUUUUCUAUGUUCACUUUCAACCUUAACACACUCCCAAAUUCAUCCACUAACCUUUGCAAUUUUUCUUUAGAAUCUCCCAUAAGCACAGUAUUAUCAGCAAAAAGUAACUGUGUCACUUCCCAUUUUGUAUUUAAUUCCCCAUAAUUUAAUCCCACCCCAUCAUAAGUCAAGGAGCACCUGCACUUUGCAUUUAGCAUGUGUAAUAUAACUGCAGUGGUGGUGAUGUGCGCAGUAUAUGUGGCGCACCAACCACUGAGGGUACAACCACUGUGAAGAAAUUGCAAGAUGUUCCCUCAUCUGUUAUUUCAGAAUAAAUAAUUUAUUAAAAGGUUAGUGAACCCUUAACAAGCAAUGAUAAAUAUGGAUGUGUGUGUCUGUAGCCAGAUAUGUCUGAAUUAUGCCUGUACAUCCAGUGAUGAUCAGUGAGGCAUUGUGAAUGAAGCCCUUGGGCAGAUGUACACUCAGUAUUACCCUGAAUAUACUUGUAAUUGCUUUAAUGUUGAUUUUCAUAAGAAAGGUAAAUUUAAGAAAGCGUAUCUCUCUAAUCACAUUUAUACUGACACAGGAAAAAAUGCUGUAAAUGAAGAGUUUUAAGCUUGAGGUAUUCAUUUAGUAUAUAUUUUUUUUAAAUAUUCUGUAUUUGGUUUAAUUUUGAGUGCUGCAAAUGAUACACAACUCCUAAAUUUAAAAUUAAAAAUAAUUUUUUUGGGAAGAUAUGCUCAGUGCAUUUUCUAGGUUCAAAAUUUUAUUAUUUAGAAAUUCUUAUGAAGGCUAAUACUAGCAAAAUUAGAGUAAUAUUCAAAGAAAUGCAAAUUUUAUCCUCUUUCUGGGCUAGUGUCACAGUGUUUCUUUUAUUAUGUAAUCCUUUUGCUCUUGACUGUUAUUCUAUGACAUGUAUAUUGUAAUCAACUUAACCAGUUGUAAUAAUAAUAUAUGGUAUCAGUCCUUCAGCCAUAACAAUCCACUGCUGGAUGAGGCCUCCGAUAAGUUAAUCCAUUAGCAGAGAAACCAACAGAAUUGCUUUAUUAGGGCGAGGCUGUGCCAAAGUGAUCGCCUCUCCAGGCAGUUAAAUAAGACUUUUAUGUUGGUUAUACAGAGGGUUUAGAAAAACAUGUAAGCAAACACUAGGACAUUUUUAUUAGAAAACGUGUUGGUCCUGGUACCUUGAUCACUUUAAGGUCCCAGGACUGAAAUGUUUUCUAAUAAAUAUCUCCUAGUGUUUGCUUACGUAUCUUUCUGAACUAAUUUGUGGGUAUCUAAUACCAAGGUUCAUACCAUGGUUAUACAGUACCAAACUUAAUAUAUGACAAUUUUCAUCAAGUUUUUCCCUCACCAGCUUUGAUGCUGGUGAGGGGCUCUUGAUCCAAGGAAGUGGAUCUCAUCCCUUUCUAAACACCUGCGCUGAGGAAAGGAACCUUAUGGUGACAUUUUGGUCCGUCCUGUACCAUUGUCAAGACACAGCCAAAGUAAUAGUAAUAGCAAUAGCUUCUUUCCUCAGUGCGACUUUUUUUGGUGAGCUUUUCCAGCCAUGGUAUUGUGACUUUUUAUUCUUUCUAUCCUCUCAUUCUGUGAAUCAAGCCUGAAUGCCUCCUAUACACUGUAUGACCCCAGUGGGUUUAGCAGUUCCUCCUGAUCAGUAAUCUUAUCAAGUGUUUUGUACACUGGCACUAGUUAAAUAUUUAUAGUGGUCAGAUAUUUAAUUGUUUUAAUUGAAACAAGUGUGUAACUCUAACUGUCUGGGUGUUGCUUUAAUUGAUGCAGCUCUGGUUUAAAUUCAGUCUGGGACCAUUCAAUGCUAAAUUGCUGUGUUUUCAUUAAGAUAAUGACCUGGAUUUAAUCAAGUCUUGGGGAUGACGGUGAUAAGGGUGCUCUUGCUGCACUGUUAUUCAUUUAACUAUUCAAAACAUCACCUGCCAGCAGGCUGGCCAUUGUAAAGUUUUGUUUAGUUUAAUAUCUUAAUUAUACACCCCAUACCUUUCCUGUGGGUGCCCGUCUCUCCCAUUCAUCUCACACAUGGAGCGUUAAAUAACUAUUAAGGAAACGUUUUGCCCACAAGGCACUUUAUUAGUCCAGUCAUUGGAUUUAUAAAUCGUCUGGUUGGUAAAACCUUACAAAGAUACAUGUGUCUUUUAUACAUUGCUCAGAGGAAGCCUCAGCUUCAUUGUUGCUAUGUGAAGGAAUUCAAGGACAAGCUAUCCUUCCCUUGUAUCAAAUCUGAUUACCUCCCAUUCCCCAGGGAUUGUAUGACCCUUAUGGAGUGUGAACUACCCUUUGAGUAUAAUAAUGCCACCUGUCCUAGAGUAGUAAUGUUAUGUCACAGUAAGAAUGAGUUCUUUCUCUCCUCCAAUAUGGGUAAAAAAUGUUUUGUGAAUCAAGAUGGUACACCAUCUUACCUCACUACACAUUUGGGACUUCACUGAAACUCUGCUGACUUUCCUUAAUUUCACCUUACUGAACUUUUAUCUUAUUUGAUAAAUUAGACACAUGCAACACUUAGGUAUCUUUAUUGAGGAAAUGUUUCACUACACGGUGGCUUCAUCAGUUCAUCAGUUCUUCACCAUUCUCCUUUGUAUGGAGUGAUGAAACCACUGUGGUGAAAUGUUUCCUCAAUCAAGAUACCUCAGUGUUGCAUAUGUAUGUAAUUUAUCAACUCCAUUUAUCUACACCUUAUCAUUUACAUAGGUUCUUUCUUGUCUUGUGAUUCCUGUCACAUUUUAAAUAUUUGCUCUAAUGGAUUGUAGAUUUGUACGAAAACAUUUUUAAUGUUUUAUUGAGAUUUCAUCAGAUACUGUAGCUGCAUUAUUGUGUUUUAUUUAAUUAAUGGAUUUAUAAAGUUACAUGUGAUCAAACCUAUUUGAAUUUUGUUUAAAAUUGUUUUUAUUUCUUAUUAUGAGGUUACUAAAUUGAAGGUGUUUGUGACAGCCGCCCAUCAUACAAAAUUAUUCAACAAAUAUAUGCAGUAUAGAUAAUAUAUUGAAGCUUAUCUUAAACAUCUUAUUCAAACUAGGAAUAAUCACUAGAUGAAAUAUUGUUUCAUUUGUCAUUACUCAUUCAAUAUAAGAGUGGCAUUGUAGGUCAUGUGUAUUAUUUUUUGUAAUUAGUUUGCAUAACAAUGUCAUUAUAAUUGGCCAUAUUUUAUGUAAUGGAUGAAUUAGAAAUUAUACUGUAAAUAUUUAUGUAAAAAAUUGUACAUACCAGUAGGAGCAAUGUUGAUAUUUGUAAUAAAAAUAA